AUGCGGUUUGGCAUGGAAUGGCCUAUAUAUUUCAUGGAGUUUCUGCUGAAUGUACACAGGAUCAUCGACAUUGUGGACAAUGCCGAUCUUUUAAAUUUAUUCAUACUCGGUUUGAACUCAGAAGAUGUAACAGAAACUUUGUAUCCUUAUUACUAUUCAGAGAGAUCUAGGAAAACUUGUUUUAACGGAAGCAAGGUAAAUUUGGUUUGUGAAAAUAUUCGAAAUUGUUUAAUUGUGUUAGAGUUGGAGCAGGUUAUCCCACUGUUUAGUUGUUUGCUUUCAACUUACGUUAAAAUGGAACCUAAACAAGCCGCAGACGCACUAUUAGCGAUACGUCUUUAUGGCUCUAAAGUUAAAAAUGGCGACGAGAUGAGAAGAAAAUGGUUGGAUUAUUUGACACUGUUGUUACCGGAGGAGAAUUUGUUUAAAGCAGCACUUAGCAUCUACGACAUUGAGCUGGCCGAAAUUGUUGUGAAAAAUUUACAAUUAGACCCAAAAGAAUUUCAUGAAAUUUUGUCAGGCUUCAACUCAGUAGGAUGCCGUAACUACCAGCGAUUUCUAAUUGAUGUUUGGUUGGGGCGUUAUGAAGCUGCUCUAGAAAAUCUCUCACAAUUGCCUGAGAGAUUUGACGAGGCGAAAGAUUUUAUAGAACAGCAGCAGUUGUAUUCUGCGAGUUUAAAAAUAUAUUGUGGGAAAGAUCAUUAUCUGGAUGUUUGUGCUUUGUGCGCAAAAGACCUUUUUCGACGAAACCUCUAUGAAGAAGCAGGACUGUUGUUUAUGAAAAGCGCAUGUUAUAUGGAUGCCAUGCUUUGUGCUGAAUUGUCUGGUGACUGGAAAGGCGUUUUGCAAAUAGCGAAGAAAGCAGAAAUGUCCGAUGCUGAUUUGGCUGUGAAACUGGAAAAGGUGACGUUGCUGCUAGAAAAGAAAAAAAAGUAUGGGCAAUGUGUUGAAUUGCUGUUACACCUGGGACGAUCCGAGGAUAGGUAUAGAAUUUUAAAGCUGCUGGGCCAGGCAGGUGACUGGAAAGGUCUCAGGAAUUAUAGCACUGGCGAUGAGGAACUGGAAAAAGCUGCAGAAGAAUAUGUGCUUAAUCAAAAAGCCACCUGGUGCCAGGACUGCUCUAAUUGGGCGAAUAUUUGGGAAAGUCAACAUUUGCGUUUGGAGUCUUUGAGGAAAGAUAAGAAGAUGAAAUUACAGAAAAUGAGUGAAAGCGACAUAAUGGAGUUCGACGACACUGGCUCAGAAUUGCUCACUGAGACUUCUAGUGUCAUUUCGGAGGUAUCGCGAGUAUCUUCGAAAACAAAUGUAUAUUCUCGAAAUAAAAAACGCCGUGAUAAAAAGAAAACUAUUUUGAAAGUAGGCGGUCAGUAUGAAGACGCAGCUCUUCUGAAUUCACUGAAAAAAUUGGCAAUUUCAGCGAAUUCUCGGCAAGAAGAAAUAGGGCCUUUCUUGCAAACAUUGGUGUCGUUGAAUUUUAUUGAAGAAGCAAGUGAGCUCCAGCGAAGUUUUGCAGCGUUAUUAAAGAAAAUGAAGGACUCGUUUCCAAAAAUAUGGCCCACUUAUAUCGAGUCUUAUCAUUUGCUUGGUCCGCUCUCGGAGAUUUAUCGAUGUGACGAUGGCGUAAUUCGUUACCCGGAAGGAGGUGGGAUGCCACCGCGACUAACGCUAGACGAUGAACUCUACCCUCCAAAUAUUAAUUUCUCGGGAUCUUGGAUGAUGGAAAUUUUGAAGCACUAA